AUGCUGCUCCGAGGUCGUCGACGCCCGAUCCCUCUCCUUGCUGCCGCGGUAUUGUUCAUAUCCGUCAUCAGCAUCUACGAGGUCUACAGCUUACAUGGCCUUCACUUCUCCCGGAAGAGUUUCACCAAGAAUGCCUUCUGGCCAUGGAGCAAAUAUCAAAAUGGCACAUUCAGCUCUUCGGACCAGGGGCAUACAGAUACAGCACCAGGCUCAUUGAUCCCAGAGCUGGCCAACAUCUCAACCACACAUACCAUACUGUUGUCCGCCUCCAGGCCAGACCGAAGGUACUUCCCCAUCAUAUUCGACAGCGUCGCGGCCAGCAACCCGAACAUCAUUCCCCAUCCCAGACAGGCAGACACGUGGAUCAUCGUGGCGCAACAGCACCAUGACCCCCAAAAAGACGAAUUCAGAUAUGCAGAGAUAGCAUGCACGGCGCAAUUCACGGACGGUGCUCUCCGCUGCAUUGACCCGCCGUCCGCGCUGCCCAUCGCAUCGACAUCCGGGCCGCACUGCACCGGUGAUCUAGAGUACGUGUCGAACAACGACGGUCCUCACGACGCGCGGGUGUUCUACGGCCCAGCGGCGCCGUAUACGGUCUACGGCUCCAACUCGGCUUACACCUGCUUCGGACAAUGGAUGCAAGAUCUGCGGUUUCUGGUAGACUGGGGAACCGCGCCCGUCGUGGACUGGGGGUUCCGCACAGCGCGCGACCUUCAACGCCCAGCUCCAUACCAUCCCAUGGAGAAGAACUGGUUCCCCUUCUGGGACAGUCACGGGCAGAUCUAUAUCCACCACGACCUGUCUCCGCAACGAGUGUUUUCCAAGCUUCCUAUGGAUGGCGACUCAGCUGUGCAAGACCUCGGCUCUUUCGCCAGACCCAGCGACGACUUCUGCAUGGCGAAAUACAUGCCCACGACCAAACGCAGUUCCGAGUCGAUCCACCAGGCCACCAAUUCGCUGCUGGUCACGCUUUGUGCGCGCGCAGACCGGGCCUGCCGCGUCGACAAGACCAACACCUACAUCAUGACCCUCUUCCAGCACAAGACAUUCGACGCUUACCACAGCGUCUACGAGCCAUACUUGAUGUUGUUUAGACAGGAUCCUCCGUUCGACAUUCGAGCCAUUUCCAAGAAGCCGUUCUGGAUCAAUGGCCGUGGUAGACCGGGAGAGAAGAGACCGAGUUAUCUGCCAUUGAGCCUCGCCGACCCCUGGAACCAGACCGAGAUGUUCUACGCCACAUCCAUAAGCUGGAAGUCUCGCGAACAGACUUACCAUGGCUACAAAGAUGAUGUCCUGUUCAUCGCGUUUGGGAUUGAAGAUGAGCAGUCGGCUGGCAUUGAUAUUGUUGCUGAAGACUUGAUGCAGGAUCUUGGGUUCUGCGAUGAUAGACGAGCAUGCUAG